GAGAAAGUCUGCAAUGUCUCCAAUCCCAAAGAAGUGACCUAGGCAUUACAAGUCUCCUGAUCCCUGCAUGACCAGAGAGGAGAUCGACCUUGAUGAGAAGGAUGUCAGAUCUAUUUCUAGAAAACUUGCAAAUAAACUGAAAUAGAUCUCGAAAGAAGAACACUGAAAGUCUUUCUAAAAUAGCUGAAAGAUCUAAACUGAAUUUUUUUACCAUUGCAGCAAAAGCUGCAGAAAAACAAAGAAUUAAUUCAAAGUUACCUAAAUCAAUGAGUAGGUGUUCUCAGACUCUUCAGUCUUUAUCAAAGAUAUCGAAAAAGAUAAUGAAGAGUAGAAAGAAUGAGGUGACUCAUAAUAUUGACGAGGAGUCAUUUGACCUUGAGCAAAGAGCACUUCAGUCUUCUGUUGGCUUCAAAGGAAAACAUAAUCCCAUUUCUAACGGUAAAAUGAAUAGAAUACUAAACCAAUUAAUUGAUGAAGCUAUUUUUGAUAAGAAAUACCGUUCAAAGUAUCAAAAGUUAUAUGCAAGAAAGCUUAGUAGAAAGUUCAUCUCAGCUCAGAGAGAAGGGCUAAAGGCUAUGCACUCCAAAUCUAGGUCUAUGGUAAAGAAGCGUACUCCUGCCUUCCCAUUUAAAUUUGAGUCUCCUUUAUCUGCUGGUGAACAGAAUGGCCAAAAUGUUAAUGAUUCAAGAAGACAUGGAUUUUUAGUUCCUAAAAUUUUAGUAUCUGAAGAUAAGAAAACAGAUAAGAAAAAAGAUAAGACUCGAGGAAGAAAGAGCAUUUUAAUCACUCAAUUACAGAAGAGCAGUGCUCUAAAAAUAAAAUCUAAUUUAGUUCUUCCUAGUAAUACAAUUACAGAGAGUAAUGCAGACUCCUUGCAAGUCUCAAAAUCGACUCAGAAACUUCUGGAUAAGCUUGAACCUUCAGCUGCAGAAAAAUCCAUGAAGAAGGUCCAGUUCAAAAUGUCAAAUGAUCUUGAAUCAGUUCUUACUGAAUCUGCUAAUGAAUCAUGCUUAAAUUCAGCCUUCAGCGAAGAUCCUCAUUUCUUCGAUGAAAUUACUCCAACUGUAUCUAAAAUAAACUCUAAAUUCCAGCCAAAAAGCGAUUCGAAAUUCAAGUCGAUACAGACAUUAUCUCCGGAUAUGCGAAACAUCGUGAAUGGAAGAGUGAGUGCUCAACAAUUGAGCCCACUAGACCCUCUAUCUAUAAAAUAAGACCCAGACCGUAUUCGUUGAGAAGACAAAUUACUUCAAUCGGAAACCACCAAAGAAGAAGAAACCUACAGAGAUUUAUCAGAAACUAGAGGAGAAGAUUAAAGAGUUCAAGUUUGAGUACAUCUCUCCUGUGAAGUAUGAGAAGCCCAAAGAUCCAUUCGGGUUCUUGAACAGGCAGAGGAUCUUACACCAGGAUGUACCCCAGCAUGAAAUAAUGGCUCAUAGUGAUAAUAUUGUAGAGCAGGCUUACACUGCUCCAAUGUUAGGAAAAAUUCUAGAGAAGUAUAGUGGAUAUUCUCCUGAUAAGAAAAAUCUUCCUCCAAUGAACUCUGUAAGAUCAAGCCCUUUUAGUGAUACAAGACUGCCAUCUUCUCCUCUCGAGAUGCCUGACCGGAUGGCUGUGAGCGAGCAGAAUUUUUAUAAACCAAAUGCUGAAAAGGCUAUAGCAAAAGAUUUCAAGGAGAAAACUCGAAUGGACAUGUUUGAGAAGAUUUUUAAAAGAAGGAGUCUUGAAAUGAUGCAUAAGAUGUCUAGGCUAAAAGGCCAGAAGCAACAAAUUGACUAUUUUACAAGGAACAAUAUUAAUAAGGUCUUAGAUGAUUGUAUUUAA